GAACCAGCGGUACUGCCAGCCUUUCAUCACGUUGGUCCAUUUACUCAGCGGGCCUUCCAUGAUGGACGCCAUCUUGGGAGCCGAUGAAUGGGAGAAACGGUGGGUUCAAUCUAAACAUAGAUCUGAUUAUGGUAAAUUUCGUGUUGCAUCAGGAAGGUUUUAUGGAGAUAGAGAAAAAGAUAAAGGUCUGAAGGCAACUGAAGACACUAAGUAUUAUGCAGUGUCAGCAAGGUUUCCGCCCUUCAACAAUGAAGGUCAGACGUUAGUGCUUCAGUAUACAGUAAAAUAUGACCAACAUGUCGAUUGUGGUGGUGCCUAUGUUAAACUUUAUUCUGCAGACCUGGUUCAAGAGGUUAUGAAUGAAGAUUCUGAAUAUUAUAUUAUGUUUGGUCCAGAUAUAUGUGGAGAAGACAAAAAGAUAGUGCAGGUUAUCUUCAACUAUAAAGAUGAUUAUUACUUGAUCAAAAAAAACAUCACAUGUGAGACCGAUGACUUUACCCAUCUCUACACUUUGAUACUACGUCCAGAUUUAACAUAUGAAGUGAAAGUUGAUAAUUAUGUUGCUGAGGCUGGCUAUCUAGAAGAUGACUGGGACUUCCUUCCUCCAAGGAAGAUAGUUGAUCAUGAAAUGGCAAAACCUGACUACUGGGAUGAAAGGGAGCUUAUUGAAGAUCCCAUGGACAAGAAACCAGAUGAUUGGGAUCAGCCAGAAAGAAUUCCUGACCCAAAUGUCACGAAGCCAGAUGACUGGGAUGAAGAAAUGGAUGGAGAGUGGGCACCACCAUCGGUUCCAAACCCGGAGUACAGAGGAAUUUGGAAGCCCCGUAUAAUCAAAAAUCCCAAUUAUAAUGGCAUAUGGGUUCAGCCAUUAGUUGAUAAUCCAGAAUACACACCUGAUCCUAAUCUUUACAAGUAUUUCAACAUCAGUGUCAUUGGUUUAGAAAUUUUACAGGGAAAGUCUGGCACAAUCUUUGACAAUUUUCUUAUCACAAAUGAUGAACAAUAUGCUGAAGAUGCUGGGAAUGAAAUGUGGGGUCCCACAUUUGAGAGAGAAUGGAAGAGAAGACAGGGACAAGAUGUUGUGUAUCAAAAAAUUAAUGAAAACGAGGAACCGAAAGGAAAAGAAGGCAAGAAAGAAAAAAGGAAGAAAAAAGAUCGCAAUGUUAAAGAUGAGCUCUAAUCAACCAAAUUUUAUUGCAUAGUUACUGUAACUCAUGGUGGAAUUUUUUUCAACUUCUAAAUAUUGUAUUUAUUUUCUAAAUAUCUGUUACUGAAACUGAAAUGCAGUGGCAGUAAAAAGUUCUGACAACAA